AGAGAGAGAUAGGCCUUGGCGCCGCCAUUUUGGAGGGAGGCUGAGGAGAAUCCUCGCUCGGAGCGGAGAGGCCGAAGGAGGGAAGGAAGGAAGAAGGAAGGGCGAGGAAGGAGGUGAGGCCUGGCGGGGGCGUGGGUGGGCAGGCGGGGUGGAGUGGCCCCUCGGGGAACCCCAGGGAGGGAGAGAGAGAUAGGCCUUGGCGCCGCCAUUUUGGAGGGAGGCUGAGGAGAAUCCUCGCUCGGAGCGGAGAGGCCGAAGGAGGGAAGGAAGGAAGAAGGAAGGGCGAGGAAGGAGGUGAGGCCUGGCGGGGGCGUGGGUGGGCAGGCGGGGUGGAGUGGCCCCUCGGGGAACCCCAGGGAGGGAGAGAGAGAUAGGCCUUGGCGCCGCCAUUUUGGAGGGAGGCUGAGGAGAAUCCUCGCUCGGAGCGGAGAGGCCGAAGGAGGGAAGGAAGGAAGAAGGAAGGGCGAGGAAGGAGGUGAGGCCUGGCGGGGGCGUGGGUGGGCAGGCGGGGUGGAGUGGCCCCUCGGGGAACCCCAGGGAGGGAGAGAGAGAUAGGCCUUGGCGCCGCCAUUUUGGAGGGAGGCUGAGGAGAAUCCUCGCUCGGAGCGGAGAGGCCGAAGGAGGGAAGGAAGGAAGAAGGAAGGGCGAGGAAGGAGGGAAAUAAGGAUUCUGUGGAGCCACGUCUUGGGUGCUGUAAGGAAAGAAAUACAGGAAGAAGAAAUCCUCUCAAGGUGUUGAUCUUGCUGAAUUCCUGACCUGACUUACAGAUAAGAAAGGAGAAAAGAGUCAAGAAUCUGUAUUCUAAUUCAACACCUGUUGACAUGAAGGAGGAGGCAUCAGAAUACCUGGAGUGCGGAAAGAGCUUUGCACAGAGUGGAGAUCUAUGUUCAAAUCAAAGGACUCACACUGGAGAGAAACCCUAUACAUGCCUGGAGUGUGGACAGAGCUUCACUGAGAGAGGAAGUCUACGUUCACAUCAAAGGACUCACACUGGGGAGAAACCCUAUACAUGCCUAGAGUGUGGAAAGAGCUUUACUCAGAGUUCAAAUCUACGUUCACAACAAAGGACUCACACCGAGGAGAAACCCUAUACAUGCCUAGAGUGUGGAAAGAGCUUUGCUCAGAGAGGAAAUCUAGAUGUACAUCAAAGGACUCACACUGGGGAGAAACCCUAUUCAUGCCUGGAGUGUGGAAAGAGCUUCACUGAGAGUGGAAGUCUAUGGAAACAUCAAAGGACUCACACUGGGGAAAAACCCUAUAAAUGCCUUGAGUGUGGAAAGAGCUUCACUGAGAGCUCAAAUCUACGUUCGCAUCAAAGGACUCACACUGGGGAGAAACCCUAUAAAUGCCUGGAGUGCGGAAAGAGCUUUACUCAGAGAGUGAAUCUGGAUUCACAUCAAAGGAUUCACACUGGGGAGAAACCUUAUACAUGCCUAGAGUGUGGAAAGAGCUUUACUCAGAGAGGAAAUCUACAUGCACAUCAAAGGACUCACACUGGGGAGAAACCCUAUAAAUGCCUGGAGUGUGAACAGAGCUUCACUCAGAGUGGAUAUCUACGUAAACAUCAAAGGAUUCACAGAGGGGAGAAACCCUAUUCAUGCCUGGAGUGUGGAAAGAGCUUUGCUCAGAGAGUGAAUCUGGAUUCACAUGAAAGGACUCACACUGAGGAGAAACCCUAUACAUGCCUGGAGUGUGGAAAGAGUUUCACUGAGAGUGAAAGUCUAUGGAAACAUCAAAGGACUCACACCGGGGAGAAACCUUAUAAACGCAUGCCGUGUGAAUAGAAUCUCUCUGAGAGUUGAAAUCUACACAGACAUGGAAUUCAUAUUGAAGAGAACAGUCGUAUUUGACCCCAUAGGGCUCCCCUACACAGAGCAUUUCAAGCUUUUCAUGUUGGUGAUGCACUUUUCAGGCAUGCAUCCUUUCACGACACUACAGUAGAGUCUCAUUUAUCCAAGCUUCACUUAUCCAAUGUUCUGUAUUAUCCAAGGCAGUCUGCCUUUUAGUAGUAAAUGUUGAAAUGUUUUGGUGCUAAAUUCGUAAAUACAGUAAUUCCUACAUAACAUUACUGUGUAUUGAACUGCUUUUUCUGUCAAUUUGUUGUAAAACAUGAUGUUUUGGUGUUUAAUUUGUAAAAUCAUAAUGUAAUUUUUUGUUUAAUAGGCUUUUUUUAUUAAUCCCUCGUUAUUAUCCAAUAUUUUCGCUUAUCCAAGAUCCUGCUGGCCCGUUUAUCUUAGAUAAGUGAGACUCUACUGUAUUUCAUUUUAUCUAGCAAAACAGAUUCACCAUUUCAUCAGGAAGUGUGAGAGAGUGUUUCUCCAGGAGACUUGGGAGAGGGGCCUCCUGGAGGUGGAUGGGUUUUUGAGUUAUUCACUAAAAGCCGCACCCAGUUCAAGAGGAGGCAGAUACAGCGAAGGCCUUGGGAUCCUGGUCUUCACCAAGAUUCGAGCCACACAUGUUGUUUUUAGCCCAUUAGCUAACAUUGCAGCCUUAGUGGUUCUUAUAGUUCAAGCUCUUACUUUAUUAUUAAUUUUUACUCAUCCCCACUUAACCAAAGAAAACAUAAUAAUGAUAGGUGGAUACAAUUGCAAAGUUUUAUCGGUAAAAUGACAUUUUUAUAUCUCAAUUCCUGUAUAAUCCUGGUGGGAGAUUUUGAUGCCCGAAUGGUUCCAGACGAUGAAUCUCUUUAUGGUCAUUUCAGUGAGCAUGCUCUUGAACCAGCGACAGCCCACCCCGUUCCUGAUGGCCGUCCAAAGGUCUGACCUGCAGUUAUUGUGGGCUUUGUCUUCUACGAAUGAUCAAUAGCCGAGAGAUAGUUCUGUUGAAUGUUGGCAUGGAUGAGGCUCAAUCUGGAGAAUAUACAGGAGUCUGUUCUGACAAUAAAGGUCCUGAAUUUAUAUCAGGAAUUAGUCACACAAGGGAGUUUGGUCUGUAAUAAUCCUACAAAUCAGAAUGCGGCUGCUUUUAGAUUUAAACCUCGGUUUGACCAGGGAUGCCUGGACGUGAAGAAUCCCUUAUGAAGACAUUACACGAGAUACAGGCAGCUGAAUUUCCCAUCUUUGCCUCUGGAUUCGUUCCUAUUAAAGGAAAGAUGUAAAAAGCUAUUUAGAGAUAAAAAGGGAUUAGUAGCAAUGACAACAAAUUGGGAAAAACUAAUUUUUGCCUCGAAGUUACAUGAUUCUGCCACUUUUUGGAGGACAGUCCCUAGGGCAAUGAAGUCACUAAGCAGGUAAGUUAAAUAAUUGGUUUUUGACUUAUUAAAUACAGUUAUAUAUUACAAUUAUAUAUUUUUGUUAUUAAACUAUAAAUGUCGUGAAAUUAUAGUUUUCUUCCUGAAGUGACACACCACUUGAGUUAUGCUCGUUUUGUUUUUUUUGUGCAAAUUUUGACACACCAAGUUCAAAAGGUUGUCCAUCACUGCUCCAGGGAAUGGAUAUUAAAACGGGCCCAGUAGUUUCUUACAUUCCUGUCAAGACCUGAGCUGGAUAACAUCAUUCCAGUCUACAAAGAAAGGAGAAGAUCAGGCCGUGAAAACUAGAGAGCAAUUAGCUCUCCAAGUGUAAUCAGCACCCUGUACGCUCAUCAUCUCCUUGGAAAACCCGUCUGAAUGGAAGAGGAAAACCUUCUGGAAGACCGUUAGGCAGGUUUUAGACUGGGAUGCUCUACUGGAGGCCAUGGUAUAGUUUUACACCAUAUUAUGGAUAAAUAUUCCUCUAGGAUCAAGGGAGCCCGUUCUACAGCCUUCAUUGACUUUGAGUCUGCCAUUGAUACGAUUCUUCCAGACGAGGUUGCGGCAGAAAUUGGAGAUAAGCAAUAUUGACAGGCGCCUGUUGAUGUUAAUCCAUAGCCUUUAUGUGGAAACAUGUUUGAAAGUGAGAUGGAAGAGGGUAGGCCCCUUGACCAGGUCAUCCCAGCACAUGCAGGUGUAAGUCCAAGUGGUGUGCUGGCACCUUCCUUGCUUUUAGUAUUUACAUAUGUUCUUUGGCCAGGACUCUCUCUGGCUCAACUUUACGUCCUCCUAACCCGAGCAGAUAGACCUCGGUCAACCCUCCUUCAUGCAGACGAUGUGUCAGGGUGCAAUAAAGAACAGCAUCCUCAAAGCUGGUCUUUUUGCAACCUGACUACAAGAGGACAGAGGAAGGAGACCAUUUGGCGGGAUAGGCUGAUUUAUGACAGGGUCUGGUCUUCAAACGUGGGAAAGGACAAAAGGAAAGGGAGGUGUGGAUGGAGAAGGAGGAGGGGGGAGGCAACAACCCCAUAUACUGAGGGGAAAAGCGGAAGAGGGUCAGUAAAAGCUUUUGCAGUCAUCUUGGCAAGGCGGAUUCAAUAAAGUUUUCCAUUGCGACCAGUGGUGUGAGCCUAUUUUUUGUGUCCUACACCUUCCAGGAACGGGUUCUUCUCCCUUUAACUUGCAUUGGUGUACGGUGGUUAUUGAAUGCUCAGGGUGGUCAUUGCAAAACUGAAAAGCCAGUACUUAAUUACAAUAAGUCCAAAGUCCUAGUUUUUACUAGGAAACAAAGGCUACAGAAGGGGCAAAUAAAUGAGCAUCCCCUUGAGCAGCUGAAAGAUGCUAGUUCUGACCUUUAAAACUCUUUACGGCCAGGGCCCAUCGUACCUUAGGGACCGUCUCUCCUUCUCCCAUCAUCGGAGGUCGCAACAACCAUCCCAACGAGACUUACUUCAUGUACCGGGUCCUAGAGAAAGGACCAGGCGCAGAGCUUUUUCUGUUUCUGCCUCUGCCUUAUGGAAGGCCUUCCACCCUAUAUGAGAGCCAUGCGUGAGUUGGGGCCUUUGACCCUCGCACUCAAGACCUGGCUCUUUACUAGAGCUUUUAAUCUAAAUUUUAUUAAUAUUUGGAUGUAUGUAUUUUUAUCCUUUACAAUGUUAUCUUGUAAAUCGCCUAGAGCAUUUUGGAUGGAGGGCGAUUAAAGUAAUUAAAUGAUAAUGAUGAUGAAAUCUUAGAAAUCUGACUCUACUAAUGCCAUUGCAAAUGCUCGGAGAAGUAUCAAGUCACUUGCAUCCUUUUUUGUUCAAGGAGGACAACAUGUUCCAUCAGCUAUACAUGUCUUCAAUGCUAAGGCACUGCCAGAGAUGCAACGUGGUGGUGUGCAUAUGGUAAUUGUGCUGCCGUGGAUUCCACACAGAUGGAUGUUUGGAGAUCUCUCCUUGGCCUUCCUAGUUGUGUGCCAAAUGCACUUUUACAACUGGAAACAGGACACAUGUUAAUUGAGCCCCGGGCAUGGACCUCAAUUCAAUUUCUGGGUCAGGAAUUCAAUUUCUGGUUCAAAAUGUUUACACCAAUGAGAUCAGCUCCCUUAGUGUUAAAUGACGGGUUCUUUUUUAUUUUAAAAAAAACUAUUAGAGUUUUACAAGUAGGUAAUGAUUAAAAAAAACAAACUUUCAGGGUAGGAACUCUGUAUAUUGUGUAGGGGAAAAACUAGGUAAAUAGGCGAGGGAGAGGGAAAGGGGGCCUUGGGAGGGGCAAGGGAAGGGGUCGGGGAGGAAAGCGGGGGGCCGGAAAGGGAAACGGGGGGAGAAGUUGUUUUUGUCCGAGUGUGACGGAAGCUUUGGAACACAGAAGAAUGGACACUUUGAGACUUCAGUAAAAGCAAACCUAUAGCUUUACUGAGUAGAGCAAAUACACAGCAAACACUAGCAUUGACAUCCAACCGAACAGACAGGAACAAGACAAAAGACACUGAAGUAAGAGGAACGAACGAAGUCUUAUCUCUGGAUCCUCCCUACAUGGUCAGGGUCACAUCCUCACAGUUCAUUAGAGGCUUGACUGAUUAACCCUUUCAGUGUCAAUACACUCUCUGCUGAUGCAAUCAGGUUACAUUCACAGGCAUUGCACAAAAUUACAUUUAAACUUUCACAUUACAUUAAUCUUAUAUUAACAGGUUUGGCUUCCAUUCUUCUUUGCCGAAUAAGUUAAAUUGUUCUUCGUCUUCUUUUAUCUUCGUUCCCUUUUCCUCUUUUCUUCUUCUCUGUUCCCGUUUCUUUUCUCUUGUUCCUUACGUCUUCAUCUAGUCCAUGAAACAUUUCCAGUCUGUAGGUUUGAUGGGUCUCCCUGUUUGUUUCUUCAUAAAACUGAAAAUAGACAGGCUCCCUCCCUCCUGUCUUUCCGAAAAAGAACGAAAACAUGGUUAUGGGACCAGGCUUUUGAGCAAGAGUCGCAGAAAUGUGAUAUGACAACUGUAUGACUCAAUGACAGAUCCCAUUUGGACUUGAAACGUGCAGUGAAUGUAUAUUUAUAUGCAUAAUUAUGUAGGCUUUUAAUAUAGGUUUUAAUUUUAAUGUAACUUUUUAUUAAAAUGGAUUUCUAAUUGU